AUGAUUUUAGAUGGUGUGAAAGUGAAUAAUAAUAAUAAUAACAAUAGUAAUAGUAGUAUAUAUACAUAUUCAAGCAAACUAAAUAUGUCAGAACAAGAUGAUCUUCAAUUUGAACGAUUAUGUAGACAGAAAGAAUUGUUGGUUCUAGAUAGUGCCAUUCAACAGCUGACCGAUGAACUUGAUGAUGAAAUAGUUAAAAAUCUAAAGAAGAAGGUCAGAGAGUUGGAUAACGACGCAUGGAUAUUCGAAAAGAAACAACAUCAAACAUUCACACACUAUCAAAACAAUAACAACAACAACACUCAUAGUAACAGUAAUAAUAAUAACAAUGGUAAUCGUCAGUUAUAUAUAGAUCAAAGAUUGAAUCAAAAUAACAUUAGAAGAUAUUGA